GGAGAUAUAAUUCACAUUAUCUCCCGCCUUCUGGUGAACAGUGACCGAUCUUUCUUUACCAUAAUCCAAGCUUCAAUUGACCAGGACUGUUAUUGACAGUCGCAGCCUCCUCAUCAUGGUAUGUAUACAAUGCGAAAUUUCUCACAACUCCCACAAACUUCAUUGGCAUGCAAUUCUCACAAUCAUCAUGCCAUCCUUUCAUACCGAAUAUGAAAAAAUUGGAUACUAAUUCAUCGAAGGCCCACCGCAUAAUAACCCAAGUCGUCAUAACCGGCUCACGGGUCCUCGGCCGCGCCAUAUCAGAAUCCUGGAAACAAGCCAAGGCCUCCUCAGCAUACCAAAAAGCGCAACAAUCUGGUUCUGCUGGUGGCGGUGCGGCUUUCUCCUCUAACGGUCUUACAUUAGACGAAGCUUGCAAAAUCCUCAAUGUAAAACCACCGAAAGAAGGAAAGAUGGAUAUGGAAGAUGUCAUGUCGCGGUUUAAGAAAUUGUUCGAUACGAAUGACCCGAGCAAGGGGGGGAGUUUUUACCUGCAAAGUAAAGUGCUGAGGGCGAGAGAGAGGUUAGAGCGGGAGGUGAAGGUCAAGGCGGAAGCGCUGGAGAGGGAAGCAGAGCUAAGAGAGGGGUGGAAACCGAAGGUUUUUAAGGACCGGUGAUAAUAGUGGUUGAGGUGCGGGGCUGAUGGGUUACAGGACGGAUAGAUUUGGACGAUUAGACGGUUGAGAAACGAUGUUAUCCCCAUAUAUACCUGAAGUGAUGGACGACGUCGAACGAACCUGAACCAAUCUACCCUGCGGAUGAACGGAUGUGCAAACUCUUCCCUCUUUUGUAUUAAAUACAUAGCAUGGCGUUCCGGGGCGGCAAGAUUAUGUGGGUACCAUGGUCAGCAUUUCUUGCAUGGGUAAGAAGGAUUAUGUAGAGUACUGUAUAAAACAGACAGUUGGAAUCAAUAAUUAUUCCAUAUU